AUGGCGACUCCUCAGUCCACCGCCUCCUACGAGGCCUCUGGCCCCAAGAAGCUCGAGCAAAUCACCUUUCGCUUCUGCUCCGAAUGCUCCAACAUGCUGUACCCCAAGGAAGACGAAGACGCCCACAAGCUGCAGUUUACCUGCCGAACCUGCCAAUACACCGAAGACGCCCAGUCGACCUGCGUCUUCCGCAACGUGCUCAACAACUCGUCCGGCGAGACGGCCGGUGUGACUCAGGACGUUGGUUCUGAUCCCACGGUUAGUACUAGUGAUUUUGUGCCAGUCCUCUGCCUUCGCUGCGGCGUCGUUGUUUACUGCGAUACCUGCCGAGAGCCCAGCACCGAGCUCAGCGUUGCCCGAGACCCCGACCAGGCCUACGAGGACGUGUUUGAGGACCUGGGCCUGGGCCAGUUCAACCUGCCCUUGCCCGCCGACCCCUUUGAGGAAUACGACGAGGAGUUGAUGGAAGACGCCGAAUCCACCGGCAGUAGCGACAUGAGCGACUUUGCCGCAGCCUAUUCGGAUGAGACCGAUCAUUAUCACCUGACCGAAGCCAUGGCUGUCGACCUUUAA